AUGUCAGCGAGACUCCGGUUCCUGGAUGAGACGGUCGACGUUGUCGCCAGCUACUGUCCCGUGAAUGCCGCGGGAGAUUCUACAUGUGACGAACAUGUGAGUCAGGACAAACACAUUAAAUGUUCCAGAGCAGCGAGAUCACACAGCCAGGCAUCAGACGUUGACAAUUGGGAGCACCCCAACCACGGCCUGUUCCCCGAGAGCGAAUGUCAACAUGAGGCUGGCGUCCCCCCUAAUGUCUCGUCCGCCAACACCAUCAGUUGGCCGCCCGUCGUGCUGUCUCCGGGGCCCGCUUUGGACGCAACUCCCGUCGCGACUCCGUCUGAGGAGAGGUCGGUAGACCAGCCCGUAGAGCUCCCGAGUGAUACUGACCUGCGCCUCCGAGCCAUUUUGCUGCGAUACUUUGCAGAGGAGAUAGGCCCCCGGUUUGACGUCUGCGAUGAUGAGCAAACUUUCAGCCGGUUAGUCCCUCAGCACGCUCUCACGUCGCCGCCGUUGCGGAGCGCCAUCAUGACCACGGCCGCCCGCCACCUGACCCGUCUGCAGAGAUAUCGCAACUCCUCGGGCUUGAUUGAAUGGCAGGGCCAUGUCUUGCCGGAUCUGACGGAGGAGUCCGCCGUGCGCUUUCACAAUGAGUGCAUCAAGGAACUGCUCCGUCUCAGCGCAGACGCUCAGCAGGUCCACAAUGAGAACCUGCUAGCAGCGGCGAUUAUUCUCCGUACCGACGAAGAGAUGGAUGGCCCGCUCCGCGGGGGAGAAGAAGACACGGAAAUCUUCCUCGGCAUGUUGAACGUCUUCAUCAACGCCCAGGUGCUCUCUGAUUCGGCAGUACCUCGCAGCCCGUCUCCGAGAUAUGGCACCGACUCUCACAGAGGGCACACCCCGACCCUGUCUCCAUCAGCCUCGCAGUCUGUCCCGUCUUCAAGCGCACACAACCCCAUCAUCCCAUCAUCCUCCAGCCCGCGUGUCCCGCAGCCAACAGGACUCCGACAAGCUGCGUUCUGGGCUGCUCUGCGUCAGGAGCUCUUCACCUCCUUCAUGAAACAACGCCCGCUCAAUUUCCCCCUGGAUCAUUGCCAUGAAUACCGCGAUCUCUCUCCCACCGAAGACGUGAUCUGGGCGGACCGACUGAUUAUUUUUUGCGCCGACGUGCUCGAGUACUGCUACGGAACCGGUCACUGUCGCGUCAGCGACUCCCCAUUACAGCAUGACCAUGCCCGCUGCCGCUGGCGCGACCUAAAGGAGGGCGGUUCUGAGGAUGUGCGGGACCGCGCGAUGUAA